CAGAGCGCAUUCCACCGGGGAAGAAACUGGCUGGCGGCGCGUCAUGCUCGCCAAUAAAAUCCGGCGGCACGCUUCCGAAAUAGACGAGGAGCAGCUAAUCGCGUCGGUGCCUAUGGCCAGUUACGUUCGCCAGCGGCUCUACCCACGAGAAUAACUCGUCAAAGUCCGCGGCACCUCGCACACCUGCUCCUCGUUACUCCGCGACCGCCUCUUCGUAAUGCCUGUGGUGCUCGUGGUCCUCCUCGCGUUCCUCACACCCGCGCCACCGCUCCCAGUGCUGAGUUAAGUGAGUGAUCUAGUUUGCCUUGGCCGUCCAGCUUCUCUUUACGUCGUUUCUUCCGGCGAUCGUCGAGUCGUCGGCGCUGCUCGGCUGCUCGGAUUAUCCGAAUGAAAUAUCGUAAGCGGCGCGGAAUGCGGCCGGAACGCCGACGUCGCUACCGUCAUCGCCGCCACCACUGCUGCUGGUGCCGAAGCUGUUGGUACUUGGCUUCGACGCGGCAGAGUCGAGUCCAGCGACGAGAGGAGAGGAGUCGCCCUCUCGCAUAUCCACAUUCGGAAAUAUGAUAAGGUCUUUUCGCGCGAUGACGCGCUGCAAGGAAAAUAUGCAAGGCGAGGAGGUGGUUCUCGGUGUAGUCUCGCCGGCGUCGGCGACCCUUCAUGAUUCCUGGAAGUUGCUGAACAGUCCAGCCGCGACCUGUCGCAGUCAGCAUCAGCUUCAACAGAAACAGGAAGGUUCGUCCUUGGCGAAAAGGCCAAGGCACCCGGCGCCUCCUCCGCCUCGUUUGCUGCAGUGUGACUUUUCAAGUUACGUAGAUAAAGAGAAUCAAGUGGAGUGCGAUGAUGAGGCAGCAGCGGUAGAAGGGACAGCCCAACCGUGGGAUAUGGGUUCAAACCUAAGUAGGCAUAAUGGCAAGGGACUGAAUGGGAGGAGAGCUCAGUCUUCGGGAAACCUUUGCGACCCUAAGGGCACCAAUAUCAGCAAAUUAGCCAUUCCCUGUACGAGAUCGUCCAAAGACAGAUAUAAAUUUUGCGGUUCACUGCCAAAUCAUCUUGAUGGGAAGGAUUCUUUAGACGAUGAUCCAAGUGAGAAUAAUAAUAUAAUUACCGACACCAUCAGUGGUAAUCUUGGUGGUACUUUGCCCCAUAAAAAAAGGGCCGACACCACACACUUUACGGGUGAAUCGACAAAUACUUUAGAUUUAGCAAAACGCCAAUCGGAAGAAUCACUCGAUGGAGAUCCUUGGAAGUACCGACUGGAAGGUGCUGAUCUAGCAAAAUGUCGGCAGAGCGAGUCGAUGCGUAAAAGCCGUGGUUCGGAUGCUGGUACCUGUAGUGGCAGUGGUAGCUGUCGUCACUAUGAAUGGCGACGUAAUUCCAGUACUUUGUCUCGUGGUCGAACUCAUCGAAGCGCUGAACUUGACGUCUUGGCGACAUUGCCAAAACGAAGUCAAGAUUCAACGAAGCGCAGUGCUCCGUCUCUCGGCGAACUGGGAGAUAAGCCGACACGUGCCAGUCGUAUUUCCAUUGAUAAAAUUGACGAUGAAUUAUUAUUCAAGAUGGUGCACAAACCUGACUGUGAAUUAAUGAAGCAUCGCCAGCAUCAUCUUCAGCAACACCAGCCACAUACGCAUCAACAGCAACAUAAACAAGAAAGAUGCGUUGACUUAAAGUUGCACAAGCUGACGACAGGUGGGGAACCGCAAGAUCAAGGUUACGCAUCUGAGAGAUCGCCAGAAGACGAACAUCCACCAAUAUUACCUGGGCACACUUUUCCCAAUAUUACACCGGAGAGCACAUUCAGAGUGGUCCUGAAGAAGAGCAGUCGUGGCCUGGGCUUGAGCGUGUCGGGUGGCGGUGUUGCAGGUCCAGUCCGCGUCAAGCGGCUCUUUCCCCAACAGCCCGCCGCCCUCUCCAAUAAGCUCCAACCUGGCGACAUUCUUCUGGCUGCCAACGGAAUACCACUCACGGGCCUUACUAACUACGAGGCGCUCGAAGUACUAAGAACAACUUCGAUUACGGUUGAGCUGGUUGUAUGUCGACUUCCCGGUGAUACAGCAGGGACACCACCAGGCGUGGCGCCACCGCCGCCCCCAACACGCAGAGAUAAUCCCGGACUUACCCUCAAAAUACCUCUGAAUCCUUUACCACUCUUGGAUGUUGAACCGUGCGGGGAGUUCGACAUCGAGAUGACGAAGGUGGCAGGCAGCCUCGGGUUCACUCUACGAAAGGCGGACAGCAGCGCCCUGGGGCAUUACGUGCGCGCCCUGGUGCGGGAGCCAGCGUUAAGCGACGGUAGGAUCCAGCCGGGCGACAAGAUCGUCGCGGUCGACGGGACCCUCCUGUCCCCGAUGAGCCACGAGGAGGCCGUUGCGUUGCUCAGGAGAUGCGGUCCCAGGGUCACCCUUAGGCUCUACCGCGAUCUAGUGCAAACGCCAGUCUCGGCGCUCUCGCCCACCGAGUCCGACUCCCCCGUCCGUCCGACCAAAACCUCCUUGAGGCAAGAGGCAGUGGAUAUGCUUUGUGACCUGGCAGUACGAAAAUUAUCGCCGCGCACGUCGUGUGGUGGUUCCGCUUGUCCCCGGCAAUCGUCGAGCACAUCCUGUAACUCGCCAAGACGGUUGCGCAGACCUGUUACGCGUUCCUCGACCGCUGAGACCGAUGAAGGCGGCAGUAGCGUCAGUCGCAAAAACGAGCAUCAUCCGCAGCCGUCGAGCCUUAGCCAGGAAACCUCGGACUCGGACCAGUGCUCCAUCAAAACUCACAUCACGAACUCGCAGCCGGAAACCCCGGCCAACGACAUCAUAGACCCACCUCCGCUCUACGACGUAUGCGAUUCGAGCGAUUCGAGCUCUGCUCAGGCCUGUCAGCAGCAGCCGAGCCGGCCCAGUUUCCUGGACUUGCGCAGCCCGAUCGACAAGCCGCGCUUCCAGUUCAGCAUCGACUCGGAUUGCAGUAACGGCGCGGAUCCCGUCAUCGCUCUUGACAACGAGCACGGGGCACGGGAUCGCGUAGCCGCGGCUCUUGACAGCAACGUGCCAGGCACUAACCAUCUCGCGGAACCGGCGUCGAUGCCACCGUUGUUCGACGCUGACGCCACUUUCAGUUACAAGAAUCCGGCUUACCAAAGCGCGAAUCCAGCAUGCGGGGCCGCUCUACCCGUCGAGAACGCCAAUACAAAAACUAAAGUCUCGCACUCGAGCGAGCAGGAUAUUCCAGGUAAAAUUAUGGGAGCUGAUAAUCCAGGUGGCAGUAAGGGUCUUUUGAAGUGGAAGGGCGUUAUGUUUGCACCAAACGAUAGCGAUGAAAUUGACGGAAAAUGUAAAAUGCCAAUUAAUAAAGAUACCAUUGAAUCGGCUGCCUUAUCGAGCCUUCAUGAACAAGGACACGAGGUUUUCAUGGUUGAAUUGACACGAGGAUGGAAUAGUCGUCUUGGUUUUAGUUUACAAUCAGACGGAGAAAAUACAGUGAUAUCUGUUGUACAUCCUGAUAGUGUCGCUGCUAAAGAUGGAAGACUCAAGCAAGGCGAUGUUUUAAUAAUGGUAAAUGAUGAAAGUGUGGAACACAUGUCGACGACUAAUAUAAUCGAUUUAUUACGCAAAAUUCGCGGAUCUAUAGGGAUUACUGUAUUAAGACGCAAAAAAGAAGACGGAACGUGAUAUUAAAACAAUGUCCUCA